CCUUGCAGAGGGAAGGGCAGGAAGUGUUGCGUUUCUUGAUUAAUUGCAUGUGAGACAGCUGCCUCACCGUUCCCUUCAAAGUGCAUAGAUAAAGGGAUUCUGAAGUUUGAGAUUGAAGGCCUUGGUUCUUGGGUGGAUGUUUUGGGUUAUUUACUUUCUUAUCUGCAAGCAAGAAGUCUUCCCCAUUGGGUGUCUGCAUGUUUGUGGAAUCAACAUGCUAUCCAUCAGCUGCCAGCUUGACUCACUAGGCUUAGGGAGAUUUGCCCUUCAGAGAAGGUCUUUUAUAAAUGCCAAAUAUCAACAGGCUUUCAGGCUCAAGGAGAAAAGUUUUAACAUACCUUCUCCUGUGUUUUUCAGACAAAGUUCACAAGCAAUUGUGGUGCAGUGAUUGGAAAACAUAACCAGCCACCCAUCAUCUGUAAGGUAGGAUUGUUUACUGUGUGUAUUGAUUUUGUUAGUGAUGUGUAUGUUCUUCAUUGUGGAUUGUAAUGGAUUUUAAUCUUUUACGACUGUGAAGUCAUGGUAGUGUAAUUGUCUGUUAUGUGACAUUUUUCAUGCUCGUGUAGAGAGGAGAUAGCAAUUUACAUUCCAUUUGCAUUUUUGAAUGCUUGCAUUGGGUAAGAAUAGGAUGGCCAAAGAAAUCUAGCACAGAGACCUUUUUAAAGCAGCCGAAGAAGUGGGAUAGCAGAUUAUUAACUGGGGUACUCCCUGGCAAACCUGGACAGUUAAAGGGUAUGAAUGAACUGCAGAAACCCCUAACAUGUAUGUUCUUACUCAUUAAUAACUUUUACCAUCUUGAUCACACUCUGAUGUUGCUUCAACACCCAAACCCUAGUUUUCAACUUUGAAACAUGUACAAACUGCAGCUUCAACACAAACUUAUCUUCUCUUUAUAACUGUGCAAGCCUGUACUUUAUUCAGAAGUACUAUUGAGGUCAACCCAAAGAAGAGAAGACAGGAAAUAGGUACAAGGAAGCAUAUGUUCCCAUUCUUUGUCCGUAUGUGUUUGUCACUGCCACAUGCACAGCAUAAGAAGAGUCUUGAGAAGGUACAGCUCACUAAUCACCUUGGUUACAUGCUAGCAGGUUCUCAUUUAUUUCAAUAGCAGCAAGGCCAGAAAUAAAUGCAUUUAUAGCUUGGUCUUCCACAACCUCACUUCAUCAGAGCUACAAGCAUUUUUAUCCUUUCUCUUGAGGAGGCUUAUUGCUUCUAAAAGGGGUAUCUUAAUUCCUGAGAUGCCUGGAUUAUGUUACACAAUGGCCCAGUGACUCAAUAUGUUUUGACUGGCUAGGCUACAUACAUUGUUUAAACAUUAAAAUUAAUUAAUCCAUUUGAAAAUAACCCCCAAAAGCAUACCUCUUGGUUUUGUUUGGUACACAUGCCAAGUUUCAAGUUCGAUGGACUUGAAGUAAAGACAUACUUAAUAUUUUCAAUUAUAAACUUCAAACAUUUCCUGAAAUAAAAUACAAACAACGGUAGAUAAUUAUAAAUUAUUAUGUAUGAUUUUGCUAUACUCUUUGCCAAAUCAUAAUGACCCUUUUCUAAAUAAAAUAAAUAGUGGCUGUACUAAGCUGUAAUAUUUGCAAAAUAGAAUAUUUUAUGGUCUCUGUAGUAGAGGUUUGUGGUCUUUGCAGGACUGAAAUGAACAGAAAGUGUUCUUACUUUAACACUACAUGCAAGCAUCAGACAAGAGAUGCAAUCCUACUUAAAUUCUUAUAAUUCUCAGUUAGUAUCAUGGCACAUCUAAUGGAGUAUACAUCACACAUAAAUUAAAAGGGAAAAUGAAUGGGCGGCACCAUGCCUGGUUUUUCCAUCUCAAUUGAGUUGGUGAACAAGAGGAUGACCAAAAUGCUCUCGGCGUUUUGCUUCCCUCUCAUGGUGCCGGGGACACCAAUAGGAAUGAACAUACCCUCUAAAGUUAUUCUUAUUGUUUCAGUAGCAUUUCAGCCAAGGUUCACUGUUCACCAUUUCUUCCUGUUGAUCUUCUUUCCACUACAUUAUGAUUCUACAGUCACAACCAUUGUUCCAGCUUGUGAAAUACUGGGAUUUGUCAUUUAGGCCAAGAUAGUUAAUUAUAAACUUCCAAAAUAACCAGAGGCACUAUAUCCUCUCUGAUGGUGAAAGCUAACCACCAACUCUAGUUAGUAGUUGGAUGGGAAACCACCAAUCAAUACCAAGUGCCAUAGGCUAUAUUUCAGAGAGAGAAAAGCAGCAAAACCCCUUCUAAAUAUCCCUUGCUUAAGAAAACCCUAUGAAAUUUAUGAGGUUACCAAAGGCUGAUAAGUGACUGGAAAGAACAUAAACAGCAACAUACAACUAUAAACUCCUGGAUUCCAUAGGAUGUAAAUGGAGCAACUAAAAUAGAAUAAUAAAGCUAUAGUUUUGUAGUGUGUAUGGGCUCUAACAUGCUAUGAGACACCACUUUGAAUCAACUUCUGAAUAAGAUUUAUCCAUGUUAGUUAGAAUUGCCAUGAGAAUCUCAUCAAAAGUGUAAUGUAGAGAUGCCAAAUUUUUCAAGAUCAUCUGUUUUAUCCAUCCCUGAAUUGCCAAUAAUCUCCUUUCUUUUCUUGGAAGCAUGUUCUUUAGAACUUUGGAAAACUUAAGCAAAAGUAGAGAAUUGCCCAGUGUUUUGUUUUUGUUGUUAAUUGCUUUGGUUCUUUUUCUUUUCUCCAGUGAGUGAUUUGAGUCCGCACAAAAUUGAAAUGGAUGAUUCCAAUUAUUAGAAGCAGAACCUUCAGCGAACGUGGUCUGUGAGAGGUGACACACAGUGAAUAGGUCAUUUGUCAUGUCAUAAAUUAGAAUUCCAAAAAGCACUGACACUUAGCUUAAGAACGGACACCUCGGUGGGUAUCAUUAGUGAAGGCAACCUUUCAGAGUUUGGCUCCGUCCCCAGAAUUAAAAUCCCUUGGUAUUGUAGUCCUUUCUGUUCUUUUGGAAGUCAGCAACUUUAAAAUGCAUCCAUGUGUCUAAAAGUGUGAACAAUGCUCUCAGUCAUUUCAGUGAAGUUUGUCAUUAGAAUGUAAAGGAAAUGAAAGCAUGUUGCCCAGUUUUCCCAUGGUGGGUUCUAUAUGGAUUCAGUCAAUUCACAUCAACCCAUUACUAUGGAAAACUGAAAGCCCAUGCUUUCAUUAAAUCCGUUGUAAUGGCCAAAGAACCAGUGAAGACAUUUUUAAAUGAAAGGUUGAAUUUACUCAAAGUUAAUCUAUUGGAAUUAACUCAAAGAUUGGAAAAGUACUUUUUACUCCUUGCAAUGUUUCAAAAGUAACUAAUUGCGAUCAAUUGCAACAAUAUUGAAAACAUGUUAAGUUACUUUUUGCACUGCUUGUUACUAUGUGUUAUAUUUUGAAAUAAAAACACCAUUAGAAUUUAUAAGAGAAUGGCAUAAAACAUUGUAAAGGUCCUGCUAAAACUCCUCUACAAACAUUUUUAAAUAGGAACAAGAAAUCAUUAUUUAUUCCAUCAGUUAACUUUUAUUGUGAUGUUACUUUCAAAGUUAUGCCCCUAUAACUUCAUAAAAGUAACUAAGUAAGGGAGCUAUUAUGUGUAAGCUUGGGGGUCCUCCUGGAUUCGGGGCUGACGCUUGAGGCUCAGGUGUCGGCCGUGGCCGGGAGGGCCUUUGCACAAUUAAAACUUGUGCGCCAGCUGCGACCAUACCUCGAGAAGUCUGAUCUGACCAUGGUGGUCCAUGCCUUAGUUACCUCUAGAUUGGAUUAUUGCAAUGCGCUCUACGUGGGGCUGCCUUUGAAGACAGCCCGGAAAUUACAAUUAGUACAACGUUCGGCAGCCAGGUUUCUAACCGGAGCAAUUUGCAGAGAGCGUUCAACGCCUCUGUUUAAGGAGCUCCACUGGCUGCCAUUUAUUUUCCGGGCCCAAUUCAAGGUGCAGGUUAUCACCUACAAAGCCCUAAACAGUUUGGGACCCACCUACCUUAGAGACCGCAUCUCCCCCUAUGAACCUGCACGUUCCCUUCGCUCAUGGGGGGAGGCCCUCCUCUCGCUUCCACCACCUUCGCAGUCGCGGUUGGUGGGGACGAGAGUGAGGGCCUUCUCCGUCGUGGCCCCCCGGCUUUGGAACUCGCUCCCCAGGGAGAUCAGGCAGGUCCCUACCCUCCUCUCCUUCUGGAAGAGCCUAAAAACCUGGCUCUUCCAAAAGGCCUUCGAUCAUUAUAGGUUCGAUUUAUCUGCCCACUCAACAAUAGGUGUUAUGGUUGAGCCUUAUGGCUCCAAUUCUGGGAGACGUGGUCAUAAGACUUCUCGAGAGUCAGACUCUCUUGAGGAGCGAGAGAGGAAACGGCUGCGGGACUUAUUUGCAGAACCAACAGACGAAGAUUCCUUUGAGGGUUUUACCGAGGGAAUGGAGGAAGAGGUGGUUAGCUCAGAGGAGGAUGACAUGGAAUGGACUCGUGUGAGGGAGGAUUUGGGUGUUCCUGGUAAUGAUAGCAUGGGAAGCGACUGGCGGGUUGCAGGAUCGGACCCAUGGACGAGUUGGAGGGAUGGAACAGGAUCCACAGCUGGGGAUGCUGUGGGGCGUAGUCAAGGAUGUUUUAGCUCUGAUGAGGAUGAUGAUGAUGAGGCACCUGGAAUUAGGGGAGCAGCUGAUAGCGAUGAGGAGUUGUAAACUGGCAUAAAAUGGGGUUUUGAAUCCAGGGCUAAUUGCGUUGGGCAAGGUAAUCAGCACACGAAACACACCCGUCUUCAGGAAAACGUCCCACACAGAUCCCAAGCGUUUGUCCAGAUUACCUUGCCCAACGCAAUUUGCU